AUGGCAUCCGCAUCUCUGAAAGGCACUCGCAAGACAUACAGCUUCGAGGAACGGAAAAUCUUGAUAUCAUUGAUAAACAAGCACGAGAUCGUCCAAAAUAGGAAGUCAGAUCCGAUCUCCAUAUGCAAACGAAAGUCGGCGUGGUCGCGAAUCACCGAGGAGUACAAUUUGAUAGUAGGGUCUCGGGGCGCGCGUUCGACCAUACAGCUCAGACGUUGCUGGGAGAAUAUGAAGGCUUGUAAGCGUAAUCGCGAUGAAAAGAAAUUUCGUGAAAAUAUGAAAGCAGUUUGUCAAUCGACAAAAGACAAGGCGAGAAAUCAAUGUUGGGAAGGUAUAACUUGUGGUCAGAAUGUCCCAAAAGCACCAUUGUCUACCGGAACUGUUGGUUUACCACCAAAUGUAGUAUUCGAGCCGAAGGAUUCAGAACCAUUCACAUUGCAAAGUGUUUGCACUGCUGGACCUCAAAAUCCAAACUGCUUAAAGAAGGAUGUAGACAGUCGCGAAAAUUCAAAUUCUGGCGAUGGUACAUUCAAGCAAAUGACCGAUAGAGAUAAUUGUGAUACUGUUGCAUCCCCCAAUUCGAUGAAUGAUUAUUAUGAGAAGUUUGUAGGAAGAAACGCUGAUUCUCUUACGAUUGAUCAGUCAACGGACAACGGUUUUGAAAAAAUCGCACAACGAGAAAGUAAUCCGGGACCGAGUGCUUUAUACAAUUUGAUCUCACCUCGCGUUGUGCAGGAGCAUAAUCCCAAGAGGAAAUUCGUACAACGAGAAGAAGAACUGCACAUGCUUGCACUUUCGGAAGCGCAGAUGAAGGUCGACAUCGCCGCCAUGUUAAAGGAGGAAGCGAGGCUCAAAUUAGAGGAGGCUCAUUACCGCAAGGAGGAAGCUAGGCUUAGAAUGCUGCUUUUUACUUAUAAAUUAGAUAGGAUUAAAGACGAAUGAAG